AUGCGGAUCCAUUCACUCUUUCAUAUUGCCGUGCCUCUAUUGGCAACCGCAGCUUCGGCCGCGGACGGUCCGAUAGUCGACCUGAAAUAUGCCAAAUACCAAGGAACAUUCAACUCGACCUUGAACCUCAACAUAUUCAGAGGUAUCCGCUACGCAGCCCCGCCAACAGGCGACCUCCGUUGGAAACUCCCCCAAGAUCCAACAUCCAGCGGCACAAACACAACCAACGACACCCUCACCCAGGCCACAGCAAACCCGCCACGAUGCCCCUGGGCCCGCCGCUCCCUUCAAUACCCCAAGACAGCAGCCGAAGAAGCCGCCCUCCAAAACUUCGCCUUCGCCGGCGACGAGGACUGUCUCUUCCUCAACGUCUUUGCCCCAGCCGGCGCCACAGCCCUGCCGAAACCUCUCCCCGUGGUGGUAUGGAUCCACGGCGGCGGGUACAACCUCGACUCAGCGUCCUCGUUUGACUUUUCUUCGCAAAUUGUGACGAACAACAAUAGCUAUGUGGCGGUCGUGUUACAGUACCGGCUCGGCGCGUUUGGGUUCCUUUCGUCGGAGGAGCUUGUGAAAGGCGGCGGAGUCGCGAAUGCUGGGUUGUGGGAUAUGGUUCACGCGCUGAGGUGGGUGAAGAGGCAUGUGGACAAGUUUGGAGGGGAUCCGAGGAAGGUGACGGUCGCGGGACAGUCUGCUGGCGCGGGAGGGGCGUUGCUGUUGGCUGCGAGUGACGAGGCUGUUGGGUUGUUUGAUGGUGUCAUUGCGAGUAGUCCGUACCUGACUACUCUGCCAAAACACGAUGGCGAUAGGCCGACGAGGGCAUAUCAAAGCCUAGCAGAGCGCAUAGGCUGCUCCACAAACACCACAUCUUCGUCCUUACUCUCCUGCCUUCAGAAAGCAGACUCCCUCACGCUCCAAAACGCAAGCGACUGGGUCAGUACGCAAGGCCGCUACGGCCAAUGGGAAUGGCGACCCGUCAUCGACGGCAAACUCGUCAGAGACACCCUCACGCAGGAGUUAUCUCAGGGAAAAGCCGGUGUCAACGGGCGGCGGGUCCUCACCAGCAACGUCGCGGACGAAGGACCGUACUUCACGUGGCAGAAUAUCACCAUGCAGGCACACUUUGUCUCGUUCCUGCAAAGUAAUUACCCCGCGCUCUCAGAGGGUAACGUAACGGAAGUUCUCGUGACCUACUCGCAGAAGCACGAGGCAUUCUUGACGGCCAACUCGAGGGAUGCGAAUAACACGGACCCGGGCUUCAGCACCAACGGUCUCGAAUCACCCUACGCGACCACGGUAUCGGAUUACGCUACGGGCUGGCAGCAGGUCGCCAACAACUUCUACGCCGAAGCGACGUUCGUGUGUCCCUCGCACUGGCUUGCAAACGCGUACGCUGCCAAGGAUGGGGCGAGAGCGUGGCGGUAUCAGUAUAGUGUUCCGCCGGCGUACCACGGCGUCGACAUUGGUUCUGGGUCGGCUGUUGAUGUGAGAGCGCUGCAGAACGCUUGGGGGCAGUUUAUCACCCGCGGGGAGGAUUUGAUUCUUGGUGAGAGUGGAGGAAACGCGACGGCGUGGGCGCAGUGGAAGGAGGGUGGGAGGGGCGUUGCGAGUAUGUUGAAUGCGAAUAUGACUGGCGGUGUACCGGUUGGUAAGGUGUCUUCUUUUGAUGGGAUGGUUAGUUUGAAUAUCACUAGCUAUGCGCCUGGGGAUGCUGGGAGUCCGCCGCUGGAGGCUGUGUUGAAGGUUGUUGAUGGGGAUAAGUGGGAGGAUGGACGGGGUGAGAGGUGUAGGUUGUUGGCGGAUUUGAGCCCUUGGCUUUCUGAUUGA